AUGGCAUCUUCAAAGGCAAACCUCUCAAAGAGAGGCGAGGUAUUCGCGACGCCGACGAGUAAGAUGCCAAUGUUGGAUGUAGUCAGCGACCUAUGGCAUCCAGAAGCAAACCCUGACGGAUACAUCAGUCUCGGAGUUGCUGAGAAUACUCUCAUGCAUAAAGAAUUGACACAGCAUAUCACGGAAAAUUUCAGCGUUGAUAGUCAUGCUUUAACAGCAGGCGACGGCUUCACUGGCUCUCAUCGCCUACGAAAUACCCUCGCAAGUUUCAUCAGCCGCCACUUUAGCCCAUAUGAACAAGUCAUCAAAGACCAAGUUAUCGUCACCUCGGGUGUAGGUCAGGCAAUCGAACUCAGUGGCUUCGCGCUCUGCGACAAAGGCGAUGGUGUGUUGCUUGCGCGACCUCAUUAUGGAAACUUUCCUAUCGAUUUAGGUUAUCGAGUAGAAGCAAAGAUUGUUGGUGUCUCGUUUGGGGACAUAGACCCCUUCAGCGUCGAGACUGUUGCGGCUUACGAGAAAGCUUUAGAGGAGGCUGAAAAACAGGGGAUUCGCGUGAGAGUCUUUCUGUUGUGUAAUCCUCACAAUCCACUGGGUCGUUGUUAUACUCCCGAGGUUCUGAAAGCGUACAUGCAAUUCUGUCAGAAACAUAGCCUGCACCUCAUCAGUGACGAGGUAUAUGCUCUAUCGGUCUGGGAGAACCCAGAAGCCCCUAAUGCACCAGGAUUCACUUCAGCUUUGGCAAUUGAUCCCGAUGGGUUGAUCGAUAGAGACUUGAUCCACGUGCUUUGGGGCAUGGGCAAGGACUUUGGCUCCUGUGGUAUCAGAAUAGGCUGCCUGAUCAGUCGGAACGAGGCAUUUCUUCGUGCGUGCGAAGCAAACUCCUACUUCUCUGGCCCUUCAUCACUAGCUGACCUCGCUACCGCACGUGUACUCGACGACGAUGCUUUCAUUGAGAGUUACGUCAAAACCAAUCGAUUGCGGCUAGCUGAGAACUAUACACUGACAACAAAGUUCCUUGAAAGCCAUCAGAUUCCAUACAAGAAAGGGUCUAACGCGGGUUUGUUCGUCUGGGCUGAUCUAUUCCAGCCCCUGCGUGCACCAGUCGACGCCACUUUGCAGAUCCAAGAGGAGUACAGGGAGGACUCCGGAAAAGCUCUUAGGACUCUCGAGGCCAGUCUGCAAGAAACUUUAUUGAAGCACAAGAUCUUCUUGGCGCUCGGGGCCGAUUUUGGAAGUGAUAUACCCGGCUGGUUUCGAAUUGUGUUUGCUCAUGAUGGGAGAUAUCUGCACCUAGGUCUGGAGCGUAUGAUGGAAGCUGUUGAAGCUUUUCGUGGCCAACUAGAAGGAGAUUAUGAUAUAAAAGGUGCCACCGCGGAAAUUGCAAAGGUAUGA